AUGACUGUUACAUGGAGUUUAUUCACAAUUCUGAGUUUGAUAGGUUAUACGGAAUCAAAGUGCUCUCCGACAUCUUACUACAAAAAUUGUUGGAUUAGACGAUUUCCUGGCCUUUAUAUUGAUGUUGAAGAGUCUCAAAGAAGAGGUGCCCAACUUCUCAAUUUUUACCAAGAGGAGACUGCGCUGAAAUGCAGCAGAACAUGUUGCCUCACGCGAAACUUUUCCUGUAACCUGGCCGUGUUCCAUUACAAUACAUCUCAAGAGACAGUCAACUGUUUCCAUCUCCACUGCCCCUCAUUAGAAAGCUGCAUCCUUCGACAGAGGCGCAAUGCCAUUUUAUACAAUGUCACAAAAGGUGUGGAUCCUGACCUCUUGGUAUUUGGCAAAUCCUUCACCACAAACCUACUUCUGUGGCCACACAUGGCCUCCUCCAGACUUAAUGCCUCAGAGCCACUGGCCUCAGACAAGCGCCAGUUCAACCGCCCACCCAUCCAGCCUCCAACCCCUCUGUACCCCAAUGACACUAAAGGCUACGUCAGUCGGAACCACACAUCUGGAGAGGUUCCGGAACCUGGGGACCUGUCACCGGUGUGGCACCUGGCAGCAAACACACUGCUGAUAGCCGCGGCAACCUGUUCGGCUGUGCUGGUGGGUUGCUGCUGCAGUGUGGUGGUGGUUGUGAGCUGGAGGGGUCGGAGGAGGAAGAAGGGCCGCUACAGGACAUCCUUGAGGGGAAAGAAGAGCUCAAUGCGCCUAGUCAAGUACGUUAUCGUCCGGGAGAGCUUGUGA